AUCUUCGGUUUUAUGGAAGCCACUUGCAGCAACAACAGAUGAGAGUUGCUUUGCGCUCUCUUCCUUUCUGAGAAGAGAUUAUCUGUGGCAAUGCAGUAAUGUUUGUCUUGAUAUAACUUCUGCUAUGUAAACUAUUGUUUUCGCUCUUUGAAAAGAUGGAACACAGUUUUGCAGAUCUACUCAGCAAUGCUUUUUCAGAAACAACUAUUACCUCAUUCCCCGACGGAGAUUUGGACUUUGAGAAUUUAAAUUUUGAUGAAAAAUGUGAGGAAGACAAAACUGACAUCUCUCACGAAAACUUGCUUACAAAGGAAGACGGAGCUCUUCAACAGGAAGCAACUGGUCCACCUGCAGUUUUGUCUGGCAUGAAAUCUAGAGAUAUGUACGUGGCUGAAAAGCAGUCUGAUGAUAAAUGUGAUGAGGAAGAAUUUGAUGGUGCAGAGUUAAUGAGUAGGACCAACACACUGGUGCAGGAUUACACAAGCUCAGAGUCUGAACAGGAAGUCUCUGGAGAAGAUGAAGAGGACGAGGAUAUGGUGACAGGAGAAAAACCAGGGGAUUUGCUGAGGCUGAUUCACUUCAGCGACGAGUUUUGCAAUGGUAAUAAAGAGGACAGGGUCUUUGGUGAGGGACAACCUCUGGCCCCAGAGGGGGCUGAAAACCCUCAAGUUAGAAACAAGGAGCAAGGUGAGGGUGAGAGCGAUGAGGAGGAGUCCUAUUUUGAGAGAGUCCCUGAACGUGGCGGUGAGAUGAUGAUAAAAGGUGACAGGAGUGAAGAGGAUAAGCAAGAGAAGGACAAUGAAAAUAAGGAAGAAGAGGCGUGUGAUUCUGAGUGUGAGGGCAUGAAAAUUUCUCUGUGCUUAGAGCAGAAGCAUGAAAGUCCUUGCAGAGAUGGACCGGGGAAAGCCAGUUUGGAGUUUCCAGAAAUAUCAGUGCAAAAUCUGCAGGAUCUAAUUGCUGAAGUUGAUAGUGAAGAUUAUGGAGAGAGAAUGAAGGAUUUUUCAGGGAACGAGCACCAAGACGCAGGUGAGAGCUUUGCAGAUUAUCCAUCAGACUUGUCUUCUUGUGAAUAUGUGGAAGAUGGAGGAAAAAAUCAAGAGAGUAAUCACCAGUCGAACGCCUUGGCUUGUGCAUUCAAAAGCGGUUCAAUUGCAAAGCAGAACACCUGCCUGGAAAAAGCUGUGACACAUACAACAGGGAUGCGAAAAGCUGAGGACACUGAUAAGGAGGGAUACGGGUAUCCGUACAGCAGAGACUUAGAGGUGGAUUCUGUUGAGUUCAGGAGCUUGGACUUGGCAGAUGGAGAAAGAGAGAUUGUGGAGAAUGUAUUGGGUGAUGCAGCUGUAACAGGGGUUGGAGAUGGAGGUGAGACAGGUGAGAGUGAUUCCUGCAUCUCCAGUGAUGACAAGGACCAAGAAAUGAGGAUUAAUGAGGAAAUCACUAACGGUACGCAAGAUCUUGAAAGCAACAAGCAACGGAUGGAGACUCGCGGCGGGAGCAGAGCAACGUUUUCUGACGAUGAUGACGACAACAGAGUGAAUCCAGCCGAUUUCAACAUGAAUUGGAAUAUAGACGUGUUGACAACUGGUACCCUUUGGUCUGAAGACCUGUUUACCACAGAGGACACAGACAAAGCGGAAACAUCGUCUUCAGAUGAGAAUCAGCGUCCUCCAGAAGACGUCAACAGCUACUCAACGACAACAAGCCCCUCUAACCAGGGAUCCCUGGAUGAUGGUUUCUUCUUCAACACUGAACCUGAAGCCUCUAGGGUCUACGAGCUGGGACAGUUGGGAGACGACAAGAAUGAAGAGGAGAGAAACUGGGAACAGGAGCAAGAGAGAAUCAAGGCUUUCUAUGAGUUUUAUGAUGACAGCAACGGAGACGACAAAAGAGAAGGGAGGCAGAUAAAAGUUCAGUUUUGUGCAGAACCAUUGUCUCAAGUCAUUCACUAUGAAACUGACAGCAGUGACAGAGACUCAGUCAGCAGCUCCACAGAAGGGGAGGAGGACCCGAGCUCCGCAGAAACAUCUGAGGAAUGGAGGGAGCCAGACGACACCACGCAAUUGACACCGGCUUGUGAUCCCCCGAACACUCAGCUACCAGAGAACGUGCCAGAUAUCGGCAACACACACAUUUGUAGCAAGAAACACAAAGUGCUUUACUCGUUGGCCUUUACUGAACAUUCACUUUGUUCAUGUGCUACUGAAUUGUUUGUUUACAUGUACCUUUCUGUCCUGUGCUUUGUUCCACAGUGUUUCAACAUGCUGAAGCUGACACUGAAGAUGGGUCUGGUGAUCCUGACGGGACUGCUGAUGUUCUGGUUUGCCACAGACCAAGCGGGCUGGCUCAGCCACGUGUCGUUCUUUUAGGUGAAAGCCUAAUUGUGGUCCUUAAAACUUGUUCACAUUAUUACGGGU